UAUGGUCAUCGUGGUGGACUAACCCUUAUUCUGAGACCGAAUAUGGGUUUAUAAUGAUGAUGAUGAAGCAUAAAUUCAUGCUUUCUUUUGAAAAAAAUAAGGCGACUAAAUUACUGACGUAUAAAUUAUUGAUAUAUAUAAAUAACAUUACUUAAGGCAACGAAGGCAACCUAUGUGCAAUGUGUUAAUGUUAAUGUUGUUUGAAUAAUAGAUGAGGGCAUGAUGAGGGUAGGUAUAUAUUUCUUAUGCCGGAUUUCAUAAUAAAGGGCUGAGCUUUGACACCUAUCUAUGUAUAUAUGGGGCUGAGAUCAAUAAUAUUGGUUCUUGUACUCACAGCUUGUAUAAAAGAGGAUAUAUGCUGCUGUGUCAAAAGCAAUAGAUUAAAAAUGACUAUGGUUAACAUUAUUUUUAUAUAAUACGUCAAAGAAAAAACAUUGAUAUGAAGAGAAAAUUUCAUCAAAAAUUUUGAAUUCAAUUUGGUAUUAAAAUAUUCCUGACAUUCUUUUGAAUGGCUUUUCUGGACUCUCUCGAUUUGGAUACCACACGCAAAAAAUGUCACCGCGUCCGAUCUUGGUAUUUGUACGAACAAUAUAAAUCAUUAGAAAAAAAUCAACUAGACGCUGCUCAGAUGUUAAAGAAUAAAUCGUAUCAAGACAAGUUUUUGAAGCAGGAAAUAAAAGAGAGACGUGCGCGCCGCAAUCUUUGCGGUAAAUUCGGUUCAUGCAGCAGCGAAUCGAAAAUAAACAGAACCGUUAAAACUGCUCCGAGGACAUCCCCGAGCGUGGACAACGACGACCUCUGUGAAAGCUUCUGCGGACUUUACGACGAAUUGUACGAUUUUGGUAAUAUCAGCCGCACUAACUCAUUGACCAGCAGAAACUGUGAAGAUUUUAAAAGCACGGAUGAUAAAUGGCAAUAUGACGACGAAAGCGUUAUUAAAAAUAUUUGUCCCGACAUCAAUUUAGCCGACGAUGUCAAGGGCGAACUAGACGUCGUUAAGAAAAAUAUUGCCGACAAUAUAGACUUACAACUCGAAACUGUUAAAGAAAACAUCGAAUAUUUGGAGGAGUUGACUAAACUUAGCGAUGAUUUGCCUAUUAACGACAGUUUAGACAUAUUUGAACAGUGCGAAUCCUCUGACACGUUUAGUACUGUUAAGGAAGAUAAGAAACUAAGUCCAAAAUACGAUAAAGAACUGUUUCCGACCUGGGCUAAGCUGGUUGCUUUUGCUUACAAAACAGUUCAAUUUAAUCACGGUAAUUUUUACAACGAAUAUAGCUCCCAGAUCAUGAUAGCUGUUCUGUUAUGCGAUGUACUACGACGUGGGAUCAAUAAAAUGUCAUCGCAAAAGGAAACAUCCUCGAAAAUUGCGUUGGCUACCCAACAGAGAGUACCAGUCUGAGAAUAAAUUGCAACAACAUUAUGACUAUUCUUUAGAAAACCGUUUAAAUGAUAUUAAAUACAGCAGAAAGAGUGAACCGUGGAAUAACGUCACAAAACCGUUACGAGGACAGACAUCAAGCGGAAAAUCCAACAGUAGUAUAUGGCCCGUGGAAUUUUCGAGAACUAAAGUUUCAGACAGACGUGUCUGUACGUGUCGAUGUCUACGAGAUGUCGCAGAGCCGCUGUUACAGCUUGCACGAUAUAUGGAAAGUAUUCUGCAAGAUAUCCAAGAUUAAAUUACUGUGCAAUAUAUUCAGUCUAAAAUUUGUCCAUCUUUCCUUUCAUCCGGUUUUUGUUCCCGUAGGAAUACGGGGAUAUAAUAUAGCCUAUAGCACUCGGGGAUAGUAUUGCUUCCCAACAGUGAGAGAAUUUUUUAAAUCGGUUUAGUAGUUUAUGAGCCUUAUUUAAUGCAAACAAACAAUCAAAUCUUUCCUCUAUUAUAUUAUUUACAUUAACAUAUGAAUGA